AUGGUAACACAAACAGCCGUUGUUUCAGAUAGUGGUAAUGACUAUCAGAAAAACUGGACAAAAAUAAGCAGCAAGAUUUCCCUGGAUGAUGGACACAAGUUUGAUCGAGAUGUGCAACUCCUGAUUUACUACAGUGAGGUGCACACCCCCAGUGUCGCUGUGGAAAUGGGGAAACUGAGAACAAGUUCAGAUUGUUUUAUGGAAGAGUCAACUGUGAUGGUGAGUUCCUAUCCCAAUAUCCCAGAAACUCAGCCACCAAUCACCUGUGGAUAAUUUAUCUUCCUCAUGAACCAGUCAGGAAGUAUGCAGUGCCCCAUGAGUAAACGGGAUAAAUCCCAGUUGCGCAUAGACGCUGCCAAGGAGACACUGAUUUUGCUGCUGAAGAGUUUACCUGUAGGCUGUUAUUCCAACGUCUUUAGAUUUGGAUUUUCCUAUGAGUCAUUCUUCCAGGAUAGUGUGAGGUAUACUCAACAUACAGUGGAAGAGGCAGUGAGGAAAAUUAAUCUUAUGAAAGCAGACCUAGGGGGCACUGAAAUCUUGACACCACUCAAUGCCAUAUAUGGGUCACCCACCAUCCCUGGGCACCCCCUGCAGUACAAUCUGUGUCACAAAUGUUUCUCGUUUGGUAUUGGAGAAGGUGUUUCCGCUAGCCUGAUAAAAGGCAUUGCCUGGGCAACAGGGGGCACUUCAGAGUUUAUCAACGGCCAGGACAGGAUGCAGUCCAAGGCUCUUUUGGCCCUGAAGUGUUCUCUGCAGCCUGUGGUAGAGGACUUCUCAUUGAGCUGGUCUUUGCCUGUUGGUUUGUCUGCCAAAGUGCUUUCCCCAGAACAGUCAGUCAUCUUUAGGGGUCAGAGGUUAAUCAUCUAUGCCCAAAUACUUGGGCUGAUGCCGCCAAAAGAGGCAAAAGGAGAAGUAUGCCUGAAGUACACACUUCAGGGCAAGAGUUUUGAGAAUAAGGUGACAUUUUCUCUGCAUUCCAAGCCUGAUGCCAACUUCACCAUUCACCACCUUGCUGCCAAGUCCCUGCUCCAGUUAAAGGACAUGGGCUUCAGAGAGACUCCAGCAAAUGAUAAAAAAGAAGUAUUGAAGAUCAGCCUUGAGUGUGGAGUCAUAAGCUCUCACACAGCUUUCAUUGCCAUCAGCAAGGAUCUCAAUCAGCCAGUUCAGGGGCCCCUGGUUCGUAGGGAUAUUCCGAGGCCAAUUCUUUUGGGUGCUGUCACUACAGUGCCAAGAUACCAUGGAGGUGCUUAUCCAAAGGCCUCAUCCUCCUACUAUGCUUAUCCAAAGGCCUCAUCCUCCUACUAUACACCUGCAGCUGAGUCCAUGAGGAGCACUCCUUGUUACUCAAACAUGCCGUGUCAGCCAAGAAACAAUGGAGGCUCAAAUGUUUUGGGUCGCUGUAGGCCGAUGAGUUACAGGGAAAUGUAUACUCUAGUCUUUGGAGAUAAUCACCUUGUGCAGCUGAUUUCCCUCCAAAAGGCAGACGGUUCUUGGGAUCUGAAUGAAGGUCUGGCCUUGGUCCUAGGUAUGAGUGUGGAAGACGUACUGGCUGCCCUUCCUUACAAGGUGAGAUUCCAAGAAGAAAAAUGA